AUCGUAGCACACGAAAAACAAAGACGGUGAAAAUAUUGUCUACAUUAAGAAGAGAGAACAGAAAAAGCAUGUGUGCGCACGCAUAAGAACGAAGAAGAUAGUAAGAGAGUGCCAAGGAGGGAAUGAGAGGGAAUAGAGGCGUGCAGCAAGCAGUACGACAGGACGUAGAACGGCCGCUGCCGUGGUGUUUGGGCUCGGCUCGGUUGUGCCGCAUCCGUUAUGACGAUACGAUAAUCCAGCGCUUAGCGCUGUGAGUGUGUAAUACAUUACUUGCCAUUACGCAUUAUUGACAUUUAUAUUUUACGAGAAAUUCGGGGAGAACGUGAUGGAAGUGUAUUGUUUUCUAAUCUGAUUGGUAAACUGUUCCUUCGUUGAUCGUUAGAGUUCUUUCAUACGCCAUGUGCCAUUGCUCUAUGUGUAUUUCCUUUCUCUUUCGGUUGUGUUCGGUUAAAUUUUCAUAAAAAUAUUCGUGUAACUAGUUUACCGGUGAAUUAUUUUAAUAAAAAUUUUCUAUUAGUGAUUCUGGUGUUCUGUGUUAGUGUAAGUGCAAAGACGGAAUUUUCUUCUUUCUAUAUCUCUACAUUAUUAUACGGUUUAAAUUACAAUAAGGAAUAAGAACAAUAACGAGAGAAGCAGAAAAGGGGAUAGACGGUGGAUUUGCUGAGCUCAAGUGGAAAAGAUAUCUCGCAAGGAGCGCAAGUGGCGUAUCAAGAUGGCGCAUAAUUUGGCACCGAGCGUCAACUGUUCGCUCGACGACAUUGAUCUGAACGCUUUGAAGGAACCAGCAGGUAUUUUCGAGUUAAUCGAAGUUGUUGGUAAUGGAACCUAUGGCCAAGUUUAUAAAGGCCGACAUACCAAAACUGGACAAUUGGCAGCCAUCAAAGUUAUGGACGUUACAGAAGACGAAGAGGAAGAAAUCAAAUUAGAAAUAAAUGUAUUAAAAAGGUAUUCGAAUCACAGAAAUAUAGCAACGUAUUACGGUGCCUUCGUGAAGAAGUCAUCACCUGGAAAGGAUGAUCAAUUGUGGUUGGUUAUGGAGUACUGCGGAGCUGGCUCCGUUACAGACCUUGUCAAGUCAACUAAAGGUCAGAGUUUAAAGGAGGAAUGGAUUGCUUAUAUAUCACGGGAAAUAUUGAGAGGACUUAGUUAUCUUCACAGCAAUAAGGUUAUACACAGGGACAUCAAAGGGCAAAAUGUUUUGUUAACCGAUAAUGCUGAAGUUAAGCUUGUUGAUUUUGGCGUUAGCGCACAAUUAGAUCGGACAAUAGGUAGAAGAAAUACAUUUAUUGGAACGCCAUAUUGGAUGGCUCCAGAAGUAAUAGCCUGUGAUGAAAAUCCUGAUGCUACAUACGAUAACAGAAGCGAUCUUUGGUCAUUGGGAAUUACCGCUUUAGAAAUGGCCGAAUCACAACCUCCGCUUUGUGAUCUUCAUCCGAUGCGAGCUUUAUUUCUGAUCCCACGUAAUCCACCACCAAGACUCAAAUCGAAAAAGUGGGCGAAGAAAUUCCACGGUUUUAUUGAAACGGUUUUAGUAAAGGAUUAUCAUCAACGGCCGUAUACAGAGCAACUCCUUAAGCAUCCGUUUAUUCGGGACCAACCAACCGAGAGACAAGUUAGGAUACAACUUAAAGAUCAUAUUGACCGCUGUAAAAAGCGUAAACAGGAGAAAGAAAGAGACGAUUACCGAUAUAGUGGUAGUGAAAAUGAAGAAGACGAACCGGCAUUAGCUGGUGAAGCGUCAUCCAUUGUUCAAGCACCUGGUGGUGAUACUUUGCGUAGAAAUUUCCAACAAAUUCAGGAAGGUAGGACCCUAACCCAAGAAGUAAAUCCACAACCACCCGCUGCUAAAGAAAAACCGAGUAGCAGAACUCAAAGAGAUAUACCAGAACCAGGGCCACCUGCACGUCCUGCUAUACCACACAGAUUAAUUGUAGUUCCAGACCCCCAACCACCAUCUCGGCCAUUACCUCCAACACCCAGAGAUGAUCCACGACAACCUCAUAAAGUUUCUACACCGCCAUCCAAUCAUCAACCUCUUAUUGGUGGGGCUGGUAGUGGAGGUUCUGGUGGACAAGCUGCAUCGCAAAGAAACAGUCAUGUGUUUAAGCCUAUGCUGCCUCCAAGGAAGCCAGAGGACUUGGACAUGCUGGCCGCUCAACUCAACGAGCUUGGUGUGUCACAGGGCCCAGAGGCCCCGCCAAGGCCGAACAGGCAGCAUAAGGCUGUGUCAUCAACAUCCAACUCCGGUCAGCCCGCAAGCAGCAAUGAUCAAAACAAUAAACAAAUGCCACAGUCUUCCAGUAUACUCGAUCAAGCUUUGUCCGUUGAAAGCGACAGCGAUGAUGAUCUUGAAGAUGCAGGGGGAAAUAACGCAAGGAACGAUGGCACAUUACUUGCUAGCGACCCACCGAAACCUUUACCCGAAUUUUCUCCUUUCAGACCAUCGGCAGAUCCAUCGUCUACAUCGUCGCACAAUGCUCAGAAUUCACACCUCGAAGGUAAGCCGAAAGGUGGAGCACCAAAUCGACCUCUUCCACCGACCCCUGAUGAGGAAGAAUCAGGAGAUCGUACGCUAGUCAUGAAACGGAAACUUAGUCAGAUGUCAGACGAUCGCGGCACGGCUAACAACAACCGGCGCUCCGAGGCGGAGGAGCAACUUCUACUGAAGGAGUGGGAUUUCACCCGCUUCUUUCAGGGUUUUAACGAACGAUUGGAUAAAAUGAAACAAGAACCUUCGCAAGAGACAACGGAGACGAGCAAGUGUAUUAACGAGAAUCACCUUUCUUCGUCGUCCACGGAGAAAACGUUAAAGAGGCAGGAUCAGUUAUCGUCUCGUAGGAAGUAUGAGAAUCAUUCGCAGCAGCAACAGCAUCAUCAAAAGCAGCAACAGCAGUUGAAAACAGCGCAUAGACGACAAGAAAGCGAUUCGAAGCUUGGCAACACGUCCAGCGCUUUUGCACGUGCUUUCCGCCGCGAGAAUUCCGACUUUUUUCCUUCCGCGAGACACUCUGCAUAUUUACAGAAGUCAGACUCAGCAAGAUCGAGCAUAUUCUCAAGCGGUAACCGGCGUGGCAGCGAGAUAAGCGUUGCCGGUAUCGUCGGGAAAAAAGGGAACGUCGUGAGUACCGGCGAGCCGGUUCUUACGGACUUUUCGUUCGGUCGUGACGGUCUUCAGAGGCCUAGAAGGGAAAAAACUGAGAGCGAAAUCGUUUUCGGUAGUAGACACGAGGCCAGAAGGUUCGACUUUGGACGUGAUAAAGACGACACUACGAGAAGACGCAGUUGUAGACCAUCAGAUGCUGUUUCUGUCAGCGUUGACGAAGCAGGAACUAUUAAAUCUACGGCCAGUACAACGGCUAGCGAGUACAGCCCCAUUGUCACCCAGAAUCGGGAAAGUGGUGAUCGUUCGAGAGGCGGAGGAAGUGGUGGUGAUUUUCAGAGGUCGGAUUCAUCCCCCGGAUCACGGCCCAGUUCCGUCUUGCCGGAUCUUCUUACCUCGUCACCAGGUCAACGACAGGAUAAGACAACAAGUGAAGAGUAUCGGCAAGCAGUUAAAUCACCACAACCACUUGCAUUUCAACAGAAGCAAAGAUCUUUCCUGACCUUUGGUUUCGGCGCGGGACCAGCUAGAAGGGAGUCUCACGUAAAUGUUAAUGUGACACCAACCAGCCACGACCUCGCGUCUGACACACCUGAAAUACGUAAAUACAAGAAACGAUUCAACAGUGAGAUUCUGUGCGCUGCACUUUGGGGAGUAAAUUUACUAAUUGGCACUGAAAAUGGUCUGGUGCUAUUGGAUAGGAGUGGUCAGGGCAAAGUAUAUCAGUUAAUAAGUAGAAGACGGUUCCAACAGAUGGAAGUUCUGGAAGGACAAAAUAUUUUGGUUACAAUUAGCGGAAAGAAGAAUCGAGUACGAGUAUAUUAUCUUUCUUGGCUUAAAAGUAAAAUCUUGCGAACCGAUGGACACAGUGAUCAAGUUGAACGACGUAAUGGUUGGAUUAACGUUGGCGAUCUUCAGGGUGCGGUACAUUUCAAGAUAGUCAAAUACGAGAGAAUAAAGUUUCUUGUCAUCGCACUGAAAGACUCCAUAGAAAUUUACGCUUGGGCACCUAAACCUUAUCACAAAUUCAUGGCUUUUAAAUCAUUCGGUGAACUAGCGCAUAGACCACUACUUGUCGAUCUUACCAUAGAAGAGGGUACAAGGUUGAAAGUUAUUUACGGCAGUGCUGAUGGUUUUCAUGCCGUUGAUUUAGAUUCGGCAACGGUCUAUGAUAUUUAUCUGCCAAAACACACUCAGGGCCCCAUUUGUCCACAUUGUAUUGUGGCAUUACCAAACAGUAACGGCAUGCAGUUACUGUUAUGUUAUGAUAAUGAAGGUGUAUACGUAAACACUUAUGGUAGACUUUCCAAGACCAUGGUUCUACAAUGGGGAGAAAUGCCCACUAGUGUUGCAUAUAUUGGUACAGGACAAAUUAUGGGCUGGGGCAACAAAGCUAUUGAGAUUAGAAGCGUAGAAAGUGGACACCUUGAUGGUGUGUUCAUGCACAAGAAAGCUCAACGGCUCAAGUUCCUUUGCGAGCGUAAUGAUAAGGUAUUUUUCUCGUCAGCUAAAGGUGGAAGUGCGUGCCAGAUCUACUUCAUGACAUUAAAUAAACCUGGCAUGGCUAACUGGUGAUCCCGAAUGAGGCCAAAUCUGGCCCUCAAAUUAUCUUUACGAAUAAGGACACAAAACCUUUCUCGUGUAUCGAGAUACGUAUCAUCGCCAUUCAUGUUAAUUCGUUCUUCACUGCCAGGAUUUAAAGCCAUGGAAAGCAGACAAUGUUAUUAUUGGAGUCAACAACAUUGUCAUUAUUUUCAGUCUUACUACAAUUGUCAUUAUUAUCAUUAUCAUCGUCGACGUCGUCUUCGUCGUCGUCUUUUGCGCUAUCAUCGACGUCGUCGUCGUCGUCGUCGACGACGUCAUCAUUGUUAUCGUCAUCGUCAACGCCACCACCAUCAUUAUUACCAUCAUCAUCAUCAUCACCUCCACCAUAACUACUAUCAUUUUUAUCCACAUGACCAUUAUAAUCUAUAUCGAUAUGUUUGCUCGAGUAAUUGCACGUUAAUAGAAAAACACCAAAUGUUCAAUGAAAUAUCUCAACAAUGUCUUCGAUUGUUCUUGCAAAGUAUACAAGGGACUUGUAUAAAAAUAUCACUUCAUAAAAAUAUUUCUGUGCUUUUUUAACUGUUCAUCUUACGUGAUGCAACUUAGCAUAUGACAGAAGAAAUGUUCCUUCUUUACCGUAAUAUUCCUCUUGACAGAGAAAAGUAAAUAAGAAAAAAGCUACCAUAUAUGCACAAAACUUCUACUUCAUAAUAAUUAAUUUAUCGUGUUACUAAUUGCUAAAUAUAUUUCUUAUACAUGAAAGAAUCCUUUGCAUGAAUUAUAAUUUCGAGAUAACAAAUAACAAGAGAGAACGAUUUAAGACAAGUCAAAUUUUUAAUUUGGAAUAAUUUUAAAAACUCGAACUUGAUACGUUAUUAGUGACUCGUAAUAAGAGUUAUUACAUUGUACUACUCUAAGUGUAAAAGAACUGUGCAAUAUCAAUGCUUUGGUUUGUAUGGACGAAGAGAUUUUUCGUAAUGAGUUUGUAACAAGUGGCUGAACUUUUCUAUGAUAAUAAGAGAAAUAUGAACUAUUUCGAUAGCUGUAAGUGCAAAUACGCGAGCAAAAUGCAGUGUGAAUGGAUUUUUGCGAUUUACAUUUCGAGGAAGAAAGAGUAUAGAGAGAACGCGCGCGCAAGAGUGAAAGUAGGAGCGAUAUAACGAAUGCGAAGGAAUGUAUGUAACGUAUGUUUUUAAAGUCAUUUUUUAUUGAAUAUAUUUUCUUUCCAUUCAUAAAGAUUAUUAUAAUUGACGUACUAUUAAUUUUUUUUCUGGAAAGAUUGCUCUCAUGAUAUACACAUAUGUAAUCAACAUAUAUGUAUCAUUGCAUCAAGUUUAUGUUAGAAUAACCUAAGUGGAAGAACGACAUUGUUUUUAACAGCAAAAUAAUGGAAGAAUAGCGAUGGACUAAAAAAAUGUUAUAACUAAAAUUAGGAAUAAGGGAGAUAAUUACUAAUGUUAUUAACUGUAUAGUUUGUAGUAAUCGAAGGACUCAUAUGUUCUACUUCUGCAAUUUAAAAUAAUGACGAUGACGAUGAUAAUACGACGAUAUAAUAUGUGGCGUUGGAUAAAUUGCAUUUUUUACAAGUAAUAGAUUUAUGUUAGCAGUUUUUGAGACGUAAAGUGAUAAGGUGCAAAGAAAACAUUUUUUUUUUGUUUCAUUAUUUUUUCUAAGAUUUACUAAUAUACUUCUUACGUUUAACUUGCACCCUCCUCUUUGCGAAAGGUAUUCGCUUCGAUAUAGUCGUGUGUUAUUUACUUCUAGCAAAUAAUACAAGCAAUCAAGGAAACGCGUUCAAUAUUCGAAUAAAGGACAAUUUAUAUUAUAUUAUAUAUGAUAAGACGUCAUGCAUAGAAAAUUGAUAAUUUCCUUUUCUUACUACUUACUCGCUCAAUAUUAUACGAAUUAACGAAUAUUAUUCAUCCGCAAAUUUAUAAUUUCAAAAGUAGAAGUAUUCUUGACGACGGUCUUAUUGAUCAAACUGAAUUAUAAAUGUUGUACCUUGAAACUGUGACUUUUGUAAUUAAGAAACAGAUUAAAACACAUCGCACGUACAUAUAUCGCAAGUGCGUCCUACCAUUCAGAAUGAAGUUUUAUACGGAACUUUCUGCUAGAAAUAAUUUUAGUUUGAAUAGUUCUAUAUGUAAUUUACAUCGGGCUUGCCUUUUUAAAUACUUUUGACUUUGUAUCAAAUGUAAAUUGGAAUAAGAAUGGUUAUGCAUUUCAUCUUUUCUUUUAUAUAAUUGCAGCUUUUUUAUGUCGUUUCUAAUUGAAUUUCGAUUUAUACCGUAUAUCGUGUACAAAGUUUAUUACACAUAUUAAGCUUUCCUCUUAAUCGUUGGGUAAUAUUGGAAUUGUAAGUCAGUAAUUAUAAAGUUGAUUUCGUUUUUAUUACUAUUAAAUGUCGGGCAUAUUUUGCUUAAUGUAUCAUCGUAACUGAUUAAUAAAAGGUCUACGGCAAUAAUGUAUCAAUAAGGGCGAGAUUCGAAUUUCGAAAAAAAAGGGAAAAAAAAAAGAAAAAAAAAAGAUACGUAAUGUACACUCAUUUAUUUAUUUGUAUGUAAAUAAAUAUAUGACGUGGUAUAUGAUAAAUAAAUAAUACGUCAUACUUAUUUAUUUGAAUGCGUUUCAACAUUUUUUUACGAUGUUCUUGAAAUAUGAUGGUUAAUUUUUAAGAAACUUUAUUUUUAAUAUUUUGGACAUCGGAAACACUGGAAAACGCAUUCGUAGUAAGUAGAUGCAAAGAGGAGGACGUUUAGCUAGUGCAACGAAAGACUGUUUUCUGGUGGAGAAAAAGAGUUUCUAUUACGCUGGGAUGGAAGGAAAGGAACAGGGAGUGAUUAAUCGAUUGCGCGCGCGGAGUGUAUGCGAGUAAGAGAGAAAUAGAAUUUUUAGCGAAUGCUAUACGUAUGGACGGUCAUUUACAAAUAAUAGGGAUUCCAAUAUUAUUAUAACGAUAAUAUUGCUACGUUAAACAGAUUCGUGAAUUAAUUUCGUGCAAGAAUUCCUCCAUCACUUUCGGUUCCUUCGGUUAAUACUACGUUCCAUCCAUUUACUUUUACUUUAUCAUCUUGCACAUUGUUUCCCAAAGAUGGUAGUGAUGAUUUUUUAAAAAUACUAUAAUAAUUAUUAUUUCUAUAGUUUAUAAUUGCAUUAUUGUUGCGAUUAUUCUAUCUAUCCGUACGCCAUUAUGACCAUCACCAUGCGGUAUAUUAUGAUUACAAUGAUUAAAAUUACUACUAUUAUUACUAUUAGUGAAGUCAAAUAUACAGACAAUUUGUAAUUGA